AUGUGGGAGGGUUUUAGAGGGAGGAAAUCGAAGGACUCUAGCACCGGCAACCGAGUUUCCGUAUUUCGAAUGCCACCACUUCCAACACCACCACAUGAUUAUGAGAAGCCGCACAAUGUCGCCGCCGUUGAUGGCCAGCGGGCACACGGCGCUUUGGCCGGGCCUAGUGUCAGCCAACCCACCGGAACAACCCCAUCGAACUUCCAGAGCAUCACCAGAACAACAUCGCAGAGGAUGUUAUCACCACCUACGCGGCCUGGCUUGACUGCCGGAUCAGUUCAUCUCCCGCAAUCCAGGAUCCAGGUGCCCAUCAUCCCCACAUCCGAUACAGGCAGCGUCCACAGCCGGUCGGUGGUGCAGCAACAGACUCGGCAGUGCACAACACCCGGUGCAACUGUCAACGCUCCGACGACAGAGGCCACCCCGGCAGCGAAAACAUCUCCGCCGGGGUUUAGCGCAGGCGACUCUAUCACAACCGCCCAAGCCACUCCAGUUACCCGCGCUUCGAACCGCAGCCGCAGGAAGUCUCAGCAUGCUCUGCAAGCUGACAGCAACACGUAG